CUAUGACGACAGACGUACCCGUACGCCAAAGCUAGACAGUUUUUUGAUUGGUCAUCCAUUAUUGGGUAAUGGCGUAUGUCUACGAAUAACCUGGUAAAGAAUUCUAAUUCCAAUUGAUUUCUGAUAAUCAAAUAUGUCUUCUGCUCACAAGGCAUGGAAAGCAGCUGCUUUUGGUGUUCAUGGACAUCUCAACUUUACCAGAUCAGGUUUCAUAGAACACUCGAAAAAGUUUAAUGAAGAAGAUAUGAAAAUUCAACUCGAUGGAAAGAAUUGUGUAGUCACCGGAGCUAAUUCAGGCAUUGGAUAUGCUGCUGCUGAAGCUCUUGCUUUCCGUGGGGGAAAUGUGUAUAUGGUCUGUCGAAAUAAGGAACGAGGGGAAAUUGCUGUUUCGAAAGUUCAGUCAGUUACCGGUAAUCAGAAUGUGUACUUGGAGCUAUGUGAUCUAUCCUCUAUCAGUCAUAUUAAAUCAUGGGCAUCCAGAUUUAUUUCCAGGAAACAACCAGUUCAUGUCUUGGUUAACAAUGCUGGCUUGCUUGAGAAAAAACGAAUUACUACUUCAGAAGGAUUAGAGUUGAACUUUGCGGUAAACGUAGCAGGAACUUUUUCUUUGACAGAGUUGAUGGUGCCAUUAUUGGAGAAAGCUGCACCUGAUGCUCGAGUCAUUACAGUCUCUUCUGAUGGGAUGUAUACAGCUCCUUUGACUGAAGAUUUGCAGUUCAGCGAAAGAAUUUUUGAUGGGGAUGUGCAGUAUGCUCGAACCAAGAGAGUUCAGGUGGCGUUAACUGAAAGAUGGGCAAAACUAUACGGUGAUAAAGGAAUUGAAUUCUAUUCGAUGCAUCCUGGUUGGGCUAUGACACCAGGUGUUGUCAAAGGCUUACAUGAGCUUUGUAAAAGCAUGUCAUGGAUGCUUCGAACAAGUGACGAGGGUGCAGACACAAUAGUAUGGUUAGCAUUGCAGUGUAAGGAGAAACUUGUGUCUGGCGCUUUUUAUUUCGAUAGAGCAAAAGCACCAAAGCACUUGCACUUUGCAGGAAAUAGUAGUGGUUCCCAUAUUGUUAUCGACUCCAUUGCCGAGAGUCUCUACUCCUUGUGCCAGCUUCCUAAAAUUAGAUGAAGACACCCAAAAGGCUCUUUGAUUGUUCAAACUUUCAAACAUUUGUUGAUGUUAGUGUCUAAAGUGGAGAUAUGCGAGAGAGAGAGAGAGAGAGAGUUUUCAUAAGUUAAUGUCCGGUUUAUGAAACUGCUCGCACAUGUGUAAUAUUGUUGUUUAUAUUUGAUAUCAUGUGACACGAUUACGUAUAACAUCAUUAACGUUUCGAGCCAGCACUGGUGGAUCGACAACUUUUCUUGCGGGAUUCAAAAUUCUUCGGUGGUUGUGAUGGCCAAUGUUGGGUGGCACAUGUAGAUGUAAUUUUGUAGCUCAGUUUCAGAGUUCAAAUACUAUAUAAGAUGCAAAUACUGAA